UUUCAUCAGUAGUAUAUAAAGGCAAACCCUAACCCAAGAUGUCAGUUAAACGCAGUCUUACACUACAGAAAGAAAAACUGCUACUUUGUUACGAGGAUAAGCAAUCAACAGUAAGUGAUAAUCUGACACAAAUAUUGUACUUUCACUUUAGUGUUUGUAAACAAUCAUGGCUAGUAAAGCCCCAGCAAUCGGCAUUGAUCUCGGAACAACAUAUUCCUGUGUUGGUGUAUUUCAACAUGGAAAGGUGGAGAUUAUUGCCAACGAUCAAGGAAAUAGAACGACGCCCAGUUAUGUGGCAUUCACGGACACGGAGAGACUCAUUGGAGAUGCAGCUAAAAAUCAGGUAGCGCUAAACAGCGGAAAUACGAUUUUUGACGCCAAAAGGCUGAUUGGACGCAAAUUUAAUGAUGACAGUGUGCAAGCCGAUAUGAAACACUGGCCAUUUAAAGUCGUCAAUGAUGGAGGAAAACCAAAGCUUGAGGUAGAAUACAAGAAUGAGAAAAAGCGAUUUACACCUGAGGAAAUCAGUUCCAUGGUGCUGACCAAAAUGAAGGAGACAGCGGAAUCUUACCUCGGACAGCCCGUCAAAGACGCCGUCAUUACAGUCCCAGCUUACUUCAAUAAUGCUCAAAGAGAGGCUACCAAGGAUGCUGGAGUCAUAGCCGGUCUCAAUGUUCUCAGGAUUGUGAACGAACCUACAGCGGCCGCCCUGGCCUAUGGACUUGAUAAAAACCUUUCAGGUGAGAAAAAUGUGCUCAUCUUUGAUUUGGGUGGAGGAACAUUUGAUGUGUCCAUCCUUACCAUAGAUCAGGGUUCCAUGUUUGAAGUUCGCUCAACUGCUGGUGACACACAUCUUGGAGGUGAAGAUUUUGAUAAUCGAAUGGUGAAUCACUUUAUACAGGAAUUUAAGCGCAAGUACAGUAAAGACAUUUCCAACAACCAACGUGCACUUAGACGACUCAGAUCGGCUUGUGAACGUGCCAAGAGGACACUGUCCAGUAGCUCUGAUGCCAGCAUUGAGAUUGAUUCCCUUUUUGAGGGCAUUGACUUUUACAGCAAAAUCACACGAGCAAGAUUUGAGGACUUGUGUUCAGAUUUGUUCCGUUCUACCCUGGAGCCGGUAGAAAAAGCUCUAAGAGAUGCUAAGAUGGACAAAUCCAAAAUCCACGAUGUGGUACUGGUAGGCGGAUCGACAAGAAUUCCCAAGAUCCAAACACUGCUACAAGAUUUCAUGGGAGGCAAAGAACUUAAUAAAUCCAUCAACCCAGACGAAGCUGUGGCUUAUGGUGCUGCUAUUCAGGCUGCCAUUUUAAAGGGAGACACAAGUGAAGCCAUCAAAGACGUUCUCCUGGUAGAUGUCACUCCACUUUCUUUGGGCAUUGAAACUGCUGGAGGAGUCAUGACCAAAAUUAUUGAAAGAAAUGCCAAAAUUCCCUGCAAGGCAUCAAAGACAUUCACUACAUAUGCUGAUAACCAGCCAGGAGUGUCCAUUCAGGUAUUUGAAGGUGAACGAGCUAUGACCAAAGACAAUAACAAACUGGGUAAAUUCGAACUAAACGGAAUCCCACCAGCUCCCCGUGGUGUUCCACAGAUUGAGGUGGAGUUCAAUUUAGAUGCCAACGGAAUCUUAAAUGUAUCAGCUAAAGACAUGAGUACGGGCAAGUCCAACAAAAUCACCAUUACCAACGACAAAGGUCGCCUGAGUAAGGCUGACAUAGAUAGAAUGGUAAAUGAAGCCGAAAAAUACAAAGAUGAAGACGAGAAACAACGACAAAGAAUAUCAGCUAGGAAUCAACUAGAGUCAUAUGUGUUCUCUGUCAAACAGACAACAGAGGAACAUGGAGACAAACUCCCGUCUGAAGACAAAGACACUGUGACCAGAGUUUGUAGUGAAACGCUAUCAUGGUUAGAUGGUAACGCCCUAGCAGAUACUGAUGAGUUCGAAUUCAAACUAAAGGAAGUUCAAAAAGUAUGCUCUCCCAUCAUGGCCAAACUUCAUGGAGGAAAUCCAAACCAGUCUGGUGCUAGUCAGGCUAAUGGUGGUCCUACAGUAGAGGAGAUGGACUAGAUAUGUGAUCACCAAAUCUGAUUUUUAGUUGAUCUCUUUAUUUAUGCUACUGUCGGUUUCUAAAGUCUUUUUUCAUGCAUCAUGUAUAUACGUAGAACAUUAAAGAUA